UUCUUUUUUAUCAUUUUUAAUUCUAUGCUUCCCUCCGCCCGCUGUUUUAUUCUCUUCUUCUUCUGUUUGCCCGAGAAACCCUAAUAGGCCUUGGAACCGAAGCGCCGUGCCCGCUUUCCUUCGCGAUUCCUUCUCACGUUUUCGAUCUUUCUCCACAACCCUAAAAUUUGGCACGAACUAGUUCCGUCGAAGUCUUCGGUUCAAGGGAUGUGACGGAAGUGCGGCGAGAUGGAGGGGAGCAUGAGAGGUGGAGAGAAUGGGAGCCCUUGCGACGGCCGCCCGCCGAAUCCGCUCUCCGGAUCCUACCGCCGUUGCUUCAGCGCGGCUCCCCUGAGCUCCACUGGCACGCCCACGCUUCUUCCCCACAGCUCUCUCGUGAAGACAAAUAUAAUGGAUGCAAUCUCUGAGCCUGAAAUAAGCAGGGAAGAUUAUGAGACUGAGUAUAUCCCGAUUUUACGGUCUGGAGGGUGGGCUGAUAUAGGAAUCCGCCCGAGUAUGGAAGAUGCGUUUGUUUGCUGUGACAACUUCAUGCAAGAUUAUGGGCUUAAGAACUUUGGAGAAGGGCCUGGUGCCUUUUAUGGGGUGUUUGAUGGGCAUGGAGGAAAGCAUGCUGCUGACUUUGCUUGCAGCAACUUGCCGAGAUUUAUUGGAGGGGAUGAGGACUUCCCAAGGGAGAUUGAGAGAGUGUUUGCAUCUGCAUUUUUGCAAACAGACUCCGCUUUUGCAGAGGCCUGCUCCGUUAAUUCUGCCCUUGCGUCUGGUACGACUGCGCUGGCUGCACUUGUUCUCGGAAGGUCAUUGGUGGUUGCUAAUGCUGGGGACUGCCGAGCUGUGCUCUGCCGCAGGGGUAAGGCCAUUGAAAUGUCUCGGGAUCACAAACCAGGUUGCACCAAAGAGAGGAAGCGAAUAGAAGCUUCUGGAGGAUAUGUGUAUGAUGGCUACCUCAAUGGGCAGCUCAAUGUGUCCCGUGCCAUUGGUGACUGGCACAUGGAAAACAUGAAGGACCAGGGUGGUUUAGGGCCUCUCAGUGCAGAACCUGAGGUGAUGAGGAUGAAGCUUACAGAAGAGGAUGAGUUCCUUAUUAUGGGCUGUGAUGGCAUCUGGGAUGUGUUCCGUAGCCAGAAUGCAGUUGACUUUGCACGGCGGAAACUCCAGGAGCACAAUGACCCUGCCACAUGCUGCAAGGAGCUUGUUGAUGAAGCUCUCAAGAGGAAGAGCAGUGACAACCUUGCUGUGGUUGUAGUAUGCUUCCAGUCAAGGCCACCUCCAGCUCUGACAGCCCCAAGGCCACGGGUUCAAAGAAGUAUAUCGGCAGAGGGACUGAGGGAGCUGCAGAGCUUCUUGGAUAGUCUGUCGAACUGAAUCAAGAGGUGCACAGUGAUCAGUUGCUACUGUGCUCUCUUCUUUGUUGUUGCUCUUCAGGUGGGUCUGUAGGUCUAACUGCUCUCUCUCUCUCUGUUUUUUCCCCUUUGUUCCCUGGUGAGAUUGUUGUUGUUGUUGUUGUUAAGUAAUACUGAGAUACUUGCACAACUGUAACAUAUGCGGCAAGCUAAUUCCCGUCUGCAAUGAGUUUGUUUUUUCGCAUUUGCAUUUAGAUCUGUGCGACAUUUAUUCAAUAGAAUGCAGUAUCUCAUUUUUUGUGUAGGUAA